AUGCCAACCACCACGUCCUCACCUGAUAAAUCAAGACAAACCUCGGCUGGCAAAUCGUUCUUUGGGAGGAAGCUGCACAAGGAAAAGCCAGUAGAGGAUCGAUAUGACGGGGGCGGAUCAUUCGAAAACCUGGCGCCUCCCGGGAGUUCAGCUGGCUCUCGGUCGUCUCGACAUUCCAAAAGAUCAUCUGUUCUGUCUGUAGAUUAUCCACAGGAUAUUGACCCCUCUGGACUGUCAAUGACUGCCGGUGUCAUCACGUCGAUCCCUUUCGAAAGUCUCCCCGCCGAUACCAAGACGCCCAUCUCAAUCGAGUACCUAUCUAAGCCCGAACCAUCGCGAAAAGAGCAAACGUCCAAUCAUCCGUCACCCAAUCACUUGGCCAAAGGGGCCAGUGACUUCCAUCAAUACCCUGCGUGGAACCCUUCUUCCGUCCGAGAUAACAAUACAUACUCACAUCCGACUGGUCCUCGUCCACCACCGCAUGCCUCGAAUUUAACAAUGACUGGAAGUAAUACGGGGGAUAAGGGUGCCCGGUACCAACAAUGGGGGCGACCAGGAAGUUCUGCCGCCAAUACCGGAUUCAGUCACAACUCUUCUUCGACGGUUGACUCAUCUAAUUCACGUAUAUCUUUUGACCAGGCUAGCGUCCAUUCCUCGCUUUCUUCGAACACCCGCGGUUCUAGCUAUUUCUCGUCUGAUGGAUCAUCCCGUACGUUUACGACUCAUUCGGCUGAUCGAAGUACCUAUUUCCCGGGUGGGAACCCAAACCGACUUUCGACUCAGUCGAACUGGCAGCCACCGCCAGCUGCACAGCCGAGGCCUUCCCCAAUUAACGCGGAACAAUAUCUCGCUCGACCGAGGGACGAUCGUGUUGUCGACCAGUUAUUCCUGGAAUUGAUGCAGAAGCGAGGCUGGCAGAACCUCCCGGAACAGGCGAAGAGACAGAUGCUCGCAUAUCCGGCUUCUAAGAAGUGGACACUUGUUCAUCAAGACAGGCUGACAGAACUGCAAGGGGAACAAAAGCGCAGGCAGAAUGCACGACAGACACACGGUCAUGACGGCCCAGCUGGUAUUCUUGAGCGAGCGGAUGAAGAGGGAAGCCCAGAGUGGUACGUCAAGAAGGUCAUGGAUGACUCUAUCACAUCGAAGCAGCUGGCUAGCUUAAGUGUCAGCCUGAGGACACAACCAAUUAGCUGGGUGAAAGCCUUUGUCGAGGCACAGGGUCAAAUAGCUCUUACGAACGUUCUCGCGAAGAUCAACCGCCGCAAAGUUUCAGGUCCUGUCCCGGCCCCUCCAACUGGUGAUAAAGAUUUAGACCGCGAAUAUGAUAUCGUCAAGUGUCUGAAAGCCUUGAUGAACAACAAGUAUGGUGCGGAUGAUGCUUUAGCUCACCAGCAGGUCAUUAUAGCUCUUGUGAGCUCGUUGCUCUCUCCUCGGCUUAAUACUAGGAAACUAGUCAGUGAGGUCCUGACCUUCCUAUGCCACUGGGCUGAAGGACAUGGCCACCAGAAGGUUCUCCAAGCCAUGGAUCAUGUCAAGAAUCAUCAAGGCGAAACCGGGCGUUUCGAUGCCUGGAUGCGGAUAGUUGAAGUAACAAUCGAUGGUCGUGGGAAAAUGGGUAGUCUAGUAGGUGCGAGCGAAGAAUAUCGCAGCGGUGGCAUCGGGAUGGAAAAUCUUCUGAUGGAGUAUGCCGUUUCCACCAUGCUCCUCAUCAAUAUGUUGGUGGAUGCGGGGGAGAAUGACUUGCAAUUGCGAUGCCAUAUCCGGGCCCAGUUCAUCUCUUGUGGAAUCAAACGCCUUUUGACAAAGAUGGAGGGCUUUCAGUAUGAGGUCAUCGACAAACAGAUAGAGCGUUUCCGGGAGAAUGAGGCCAUUGACUACGAAGACCUUCUGCAGCGGGAGAGCAGCAGUAUGAAAGACAGCAUCGAGGGCGAAGUGAAGGAUAUGAGUGACCCGCUGCAAAUUACCGACGCCAUUGCAACUAAAAUCCAGGGGACCCGAGCUCACGAUUAUUUCCUCUCUGCUAUGCAACAUCUACUCCUAAUUCGUGAGAACUCCGGUGAAGAUGGUUUACGCAUGUAUCAGCUUGUAGAUGCUAUGCUUAGUUACGUUGCUAUGGAUCGGAGACUUCCUGAUCUUGAUCUCCGACAGGGCUUGACUUUUACCGUACAGAGUCUUCUAGAUCGGCUUCAUACAGAUGCAGAAGCGAGACGGGUAUAUGAUGAAUCUCUAGAGGCCCGUCAAAUUGCGGAGGCUGCAAUCGCUGAACGGGAUGAGAUGAAGGCACAGAUUGAGCUAGGCGCGGAUGGCUUGGUUAAGAAACUACAGAAACAGAUCGAUGAGCAAACAGGCAUCAUCGAGCUUCAGUCGCGACAAAACGAAAUGAUUAAAGCUGAAGUCGCCGAUCUCCAAAGGCUUCGGGCUCAAGAGCUUCAGCGCAAUGAGUUGGAGACCCGUGAGCUUUAUUUGAUGCUUCGAGAUGCUCAGGAUAUAGCUGCGUCAAAUGCUAAGAAGAACAACAUGGCUGAGACAGAUCCUUCGCAUAUGAGAGGUAUCUUAGACCGUGAAAAACUCUUGGAGAGGUUGGAAAUGCAACUCGAAAGGACGAAGACACAGUUCAAGCUAGAAGGCAAAGUCUGGGGGCAACAUGACCCGUCGGACCGGCUACGAGAGUUACGGGAGCAAAUGGAUGGUGAACCUGAACCCAGCGAUGACUUCCAGGAACAUGCGCGCCGAAAUCUAGAUAGCAACGCCCUAGGAUCUGUUUAUCGAAAAAGGAGCCUUGUUCCAGGAGAUGAUGCCGCCGGUGAGGGUCUGGGGCAGACUAACAAUGAAGAUGGUGAAAUUAUGUAUGAGAAAGCACGUCUUGUGGACAUCCAGCGACCUCGGAUGAACCCUGCUCAGGCCACUGGCCUUCUCGGCGAGAUUGCGGCGAAGGUACCUAAGAUUGACGCCGAGGAGGGCGAAACGAAGGCGGCUGCUGACGGAUCGCCUUCCCUUGAAUCAGAGACCCCGGCUAUCAGAGUGGACGAGCCGAAAGAGAAGAGCCAGGAUAGAAAUGUCGAUUCAGCUGCUGGUGCUGGGCCUCACCCUCCCCCGCCACCUCCCCCACCCCCACCUCCAGGGACGGGGGCAGGUGUCCCGCCUCCACCGCCGCCUCCACCGCCGCCUCCCCCUCCCCCAGGCUCUGCAACAGGUGUGCCUCCUCCGCCUCCCCCUCCGCCACCCCCUCCACCCCCAGGGAUGGGGGCAGGGAUUCCCCCGCCGCCUCCUCCCCCGCCGCCUCCUGGUGCCGCUGGCAAAAUUCCCCCACCUCCGCCUCCUCCACCCCCUGGCGCCUCAUUUGGCGCUCCUCCUCCUCCACCCCCCCCUGGCGCUUCAUUUGGCGCUCCUCCGCCACCACCCCCCCCUGGUGCCUCAGUUGGAGGAUGGAGAGCAAAUUACAUGGCUUCCCAGGUCGUUCCCUCCAAAUCAACGGUCUUUUUGCCAUCAAUUAGGCCUAAGAAGAAGCUCAAAGCACUUCAUUGGGAAAAGGUUGAUGCUCCUCAGGUGACUGUAUGGGCAUCUCAUGCACUAACUCCUCAAGCGAAGGAGGAGAAGUAUACCGAGCUUGCCAAAAAGGGUGUAUUGGAUGAAGUUGAGAGGUUAUUCAUGGCGAAAGAGACCAAGAUUUUUGGAGGCAGUGCGGCAGCCAAGCAGCGCAAAGACAAGAAGCAACUUAUCUCUAAUGAAUUGUCAAAGAAUUUGCAGAUUGCCAUGGCAAAAUUCUCCCAAUACCCUGCGGAUGACGUUGUGCAGAUGGUUAUUCACUGUGAUGCGGAUAUCCUUGACAACCAGGUUGUCAUGGAUUUCCUACAACGUGAUGAACUGUGCACAAUACCCGAAAACAUAUCCAAGCAGAUGGCACCUUACAGCAGGGAUUGGACAGGUCCGAAUGCUGCUAGCUCUGAGCGGGAACAAGAUCCGGCUGAGCUUACGCGUGAAGAUCAAAUUUAUCUAUAUACUGCUUUCGAACUGAACCACUAUUGGAAGGCGAGAAUGCGUGCCCUUGCACUGACUCGCUCCUACGAGCCAGACUACGAACAUAUAUCCGCUAAGCUUCAGCAGGUUGUGAAAGUGAGCGAAUCGCUGAGGGAUUCAGUAGCUCUGAUGAAUGUGCUUGGCCUGAUCCUAGACAUAGGAAAUUUCAUGAACGAUGCUAAUAAGCAAGCUCAAGGUUUCAAGCUGAGCUCUCUCGCUCGGUUGGGUAUGGUAAAGGAUGACAAGAAUGAAACCACCUUUGCAGAUCUUGUCGAGCGGAUUGUUCGCAAUCAAUACCCAGAAUGGGAAGGGUUCGUUGAUGACAUCAAUGGUGUCGUCGCCCUGCAGAAACUUAAUGUCGAUCAGUUGCGAACAGAUGCUAAGAAGUACAUUGACAAUAUUAAGAAUGUACAGGCGAGUUUAGACGCUGGUAAUCUAAGCGAUCCUAAGAAAUUUCACCCGCAAGAUCGCGUCAGCCAAGUCGUUCAAAGGAGUAUGAAGGAUGCUAGGCGCAAGGCCGAGCAAAUGCAGCUCUAUCUUGAAGAGAUGAUUAAGUCGUACGAUGACAUUAUGGUCUUCUACGGCGAAGACAACACAGAUGAGGGCGCUCGACGAGACUUCUUUGCCAAGUUGGCUGCUUUCUUGCUUGAAUGGAAGAAAUCCAAGGAAAAGAAUAUUUCGCUGGAAGAGGCUAGAAAGCGUACCGAAGCAUCGCUUGCUCGCAAGCGUAAUAAUGCUGCUCUUGCAAAUAAUGCUGGCUCGGGUGAAGUGUCACAACUGCCUGCCUCAAGCGGGGCCAUGGAUUCUCUUCUGGAGAAGUUACGAGCCGCAGCACCUCAGGCCAGAGAUCAGCGUGACCGUCGGCGUCGUGCUAGAUUGAAGGAGCGACACCAGGUUCGCGUGGCUUCGGGCCAACGGAUGCCGGACCUACCUGGAGCUGAAGGAGUGGAAGGUGGUGGAACCAAUGAGGGGAAUGAAGUCAGUGACAAUGUUGCCAAUAGCGAUGAACCAAAUACUGCAGAGGUAGGGCUUCUGAGCCCCCCCACCCUACGCUCAGAAUCUGGAACCACAAGCAAAAAUUCUACUCAGAUCUCAGAGAGUGAAGAUGUUGCAGAUCGUGCUGCAAGCAUGUUGCAAGGUCUAAGAGAUAAUACCGAUGGGGAGCGGUCCAGAAGACGAAGGGAAAGCGCCGAAGAAGAACGUCGAAAACGCAGAUUACGAAGACGGAAUGGGCCGACGGCUGGGAGUAAAGACAGUGCCGACGGCUCUGCCCUGUCCCCAGUACCGGAGCCCAUGACACCGUCAAGAACUGACUCGAAUGGUUUAGAAGAGCCUAUAGCUACUAGUCCAGAAGAUGCCUCUUCGCAACGACCGGUUACUCCAGUCAUCGUCGUGUCUCCAACAACAGAACAACAUCACCACCCUUCAAGCGAUGAUGAACCCAAUGCCGACUCUCCUGGCAGAUUUUCCGAACGGUCAAAUUGA